AUGAUUUAUCUUGAUAGACCAUGGCAUAUAGUUCAUCACGUUCAGAAAGUGAAAAUAAGAUGGUAUGAAAUCGAAACUAGAGACCACACGACGAGGUUUAAAAAAAAAAUAAAGCUGGAAAUUUCAACACUCUCUACGUUUCAAACUAUUUACCUGACGCUUGGUGUCAUUGUGCACAUACCAAUAUUGUAUUUAGUAUGGUAUUCAUCACAUAAAAACAAGCACUCGCUUGAGCCUAUUUGCAUCCAGAGCAUUAUACAGGGGAAGGAACUCUGUCGACCCCUCUGUCAGUAUGGACAGUUCAGUCUGUACGGGAUGCACCAGUGUCGACCCUGGCUUACGUGUGACGACCUACAGCAGGUGGAGAAAAUCACCAGAAUUGGCAGAGGGCUCGUGAAAGAGGUGUAUGUUGCCAGGUGGAAGGAUUUUGUUGUAGCCUACAGUCAACUCACAUCUCCACAUUACCAAGCAGACUUUCAGCAAGGAAUUCAAGUUCUGAAACAUUUCCAUGGACACCAGAGAAUUGUCCAGCUGAUAGGUUUCUGUGACAAUAUUAUGAUUACUGAAUUUCACUCCCUUGGUGAAGCUACCAAGUUUAACAAACAUCUAGAAACAUUCCCAGAAGUGAACAGUAUCUUCAGAAGAUUCCAGUUUUGUAUUGACUAUGUGGAAAUUCUCUCCAAGCUCCACUCUACUUCAGAUGACAAGGCAUACGUGAUGUGUGAUACAAACAGCUUAGACAAAGUAUUUACACAGUAUUUACUGUCAGAAGAUAUGCGACUGGUGCUGAACGAUGUGGAUUCUGUUGCUAUGACAACCAAAGUCAGUGGGAAAUGGAGAGGUAUCAAAUGUGGAAAUCGGGAGCUAGAUGGUGAGUUUGUGGCUCCAGAACAGAGAUGGAGCAGGAUUACGGACUUCAAUGACAGUGAAAUGCAGACUUAUGAUGAGAAGACUGACAUCUGGAAAGUCCCAAGUGUGUGUAAUUAUUUCCUUGGAAAUAGUCUCCAAGCAACAAAUCUUCAGAUGAGACUGUUAGACAUUCAUAUGGCAUGUAAACAUGUGAAUCUAAGCAGAAGACCUACUGCUCUUCACAUUUUGUGGACCUACAGAAAUUUGUUAAAACAACUACAAGAUCAAGAUUUAUUUGUAAAAGAAGUUUAGCAUUUUUUGUAUGUACUGUGUAUUUUUUUGCAUGUGUACUCUGUAUUUUAGCUCACCUUAAAGAAGUUGGGGGAGCUUAUGUUAAUACCCUUGGUGUCUGCAUAUCAGGUUAAAGUUUUUGGAGCAAAUUUCUUUUCAAGUACUUCUAUGUCUUAUAUAUUUAUCAAAGAUGCAUGAAGGAUGCUUUUAGUGUGUUUCAUUGUACCAGUCAAGGUUUCAAAUGCUGCAAUUUCAGCUAAAGAAUGACCAAAUUAAUGUUUCUGUAACAGGUUAAAGUUUUUAGAGCAGGUCUCAUUUCCAAGUAACUAUAAGCCCUAUAUUGAUGAAAUCUAAGGAUGCACACUACUGGACUUGUUCCGGAUGCUGAAUCUGACCUACACUUUCCAGAUGAAUGACCAGAUUAAAGUUUUGGGAGCAGGUUCAUUCAAAAGCAACUAUAAGCCCUAUGUUGACCAAACUUGGAUGAUACAUCUAAGGAUGCACACUAUCAGGCUUAUAUAACACUUCCGUGGAAUAUUAUACGUCGCAAGUAGAAGUUGUGAACGAUUGUAUACAUGUAGUGGUAUAAACCUUUAAUUAGAAUUCAUGAAAACAUUUAUUGUACAACCAAAUUCAGGGAAGUCAGAGAACUUUUUGCCCAAUAGAAAUCAGAAUCAGAUGAGUGACCAGGUUAAAGUUUUGGGAGCAGGUUCAUUCUAAAGUAACUAUUUGCUACCUGGAUGAGUUGCAUGGAUGAUACACUAAGGAUGCACACUACACUGGACUUGCUUAGGAUGCUGAAUUUGACCUACAUUUUCCAGAUGAGCAACCAAGUUAAAGUUUUAUGAGCAUUUUCUUUCUAAAGUGACCAUAAGCCCUAUGCAAACCAACUCUGCACUGAUGAUAAAUUUAUUGAUGCACACUACCAGUGUUGCUUUGGAUGUGGGAUUUGACCUACAUUUUCCAAUGAAGUUUUAAACUGGUUGUUUUUGGAGCAUGUCCAUGACCAAGCAACUGUAAGGCCUACUUGAACCAAACUUGCAUGGAUGAUGCAUCAAGGGAUGCACACUACCAGAGUUGCUUCAGAUGCUGGAUUUGACUGACAUUUUCUAGAUGAGUGACCAGGUUAACGUUUUAAGAGCAGGUCCAUUAACAAGAAACUAUAAGGCCUAUCUGAACCAAACUUGCUUGAAUGAUGUAUCAAGGAAUGAACACUCAAACUUGCUUCAGAUGCUGGGUUUGACUCGCAUUUUCUGGAUGAGUGACUAGUUCAAGUUUUUAGAUAAGUCAAUUCCUAAGUAACUGCAGGACCAAAAUUGCAUAAAUGUUGCAUCCAGGGCUGCACACUUCCAGAUCAUUAAUUUAGUGUUGGACUUUACCUUUACUUAAGGACAACAUUCGUUGAGGUGAGCUCUGUAAUCUCUGAUUACCUAUGUUUUUGUAUGUGUACUGUGUAUUUUGUUGAGGUGAGCUCUGUAAUCUCUCAUUACCUAUGUUUUUGUAUGUGUACUGUGUAUUUUGUUGAGGUGAGCUCUGUAAUCUCUCAUUACCUAUGUUUUUGUAUGUGUACUGUGUAUUUUGUUGAGGUGAGCUCUGUAAUCUCUGAUUACCUAUGUUUUUGUAUGUGUCCUGUGUAUUUUGUUGAGGUGAGCUCUGUAAUCUCUCAUUACCUAUGUUUUUGUAUGUGUACUGUGUAUUUUGUUGAGGUGAGCUCUGUAAUCUCUCAUUACCUAUGUUUUUGUAUGUGCACUGUGUAUUUUGUUGAGGUGAGCUCUGUAAUCUCUCAUUACCUAUGUUUUUGUAUGUGUCCUGUGUAUUUUGUUGAGGUGAGCUCUGUAAUCUCUCAUUACCUAUGUUUUUGUAUGUGUCCUGUGUAUUUUGUUGAGGUGAGCUCUGUAAUCUCUCAUUACCUAUGUUUUUGUAUGUGUCCUGUGUAUUUUGUUGAGGUGAGCUCUGUAAUCUCUCAUUACCUAUGUUUUUGUAUGUGCACUGUGUAUUUUGUUGAGGUGAGCUCUGUAAUCUCUGAUUACCUAUGUUUUUGUAUGUGUCCUGUGUAUUUUGUUGAGGUGAGCUCUGUAAUCUCUGAUUACCUAUGUUUUUGUAUGUGUACUGUGUAUUUUGUUGAGGUGAGCUCUGUAAUCUCUCAUUACCUAUGUUUUUGUAUGUGUCCUGUGUAUUUUGUUGAGGUGAGCUCUGUAAUCUCUGAUUACCUAUGUUUUUGUAUGUGUACUGUGUAUUUUGUUGAGGUGAGCUCUGUAAUCUCUGAUUACCUAUGUUUUUGUAUGUGUCCUGUGUAUUUUGUUGAGGUGAGCUCUGUAAUCUCUCAUUACCUAUGUUUUUGUAUGUGUCCUGUGUAUUUUGUUGAGGUGAGCUCUGUAAUCUCUGAUUACCUAUGUUUUUGUAUGUGCACUGUGUAUUUUGUUGAGGUGAGCUCUGUAAUCUCUGAUUACCUAUGUUUUUGUAUGUGUACUGUGUAUUUUGUUGAGGUGAGCUCUGUAAUCUCUGAUUACCUAUGUUUUUGUAUGUGUACUGUGUAUUUUGUUGAGGUGAGCUCUGUAAUCUCUGAUUACCUAUGUUUUUGUAUGUGUACUGUGUAUUUUGUUGAGGUGAGCUCUGUAAUCUCUGAUUACCUAUGUUUUUGUAUGUGUCCUGUGUAUUUUGUUGAGGUGAGCUCUGUAAUCUCUCAUUACCUAUGUUUUUGUAUGUGUACUGUGUAUUUUGUUGAGGUGAGCUCUGUAAUCUCUGAUUACCUAUGUUUUUGUAUGUGCACUGUGUAUUUUGUUGAGGUGAGCUCUGUAAUCUCUGAUUACCUAUGUUUUUGUAUGUGCACUGUGUAUUUUGUUGAGGUGAGCUCUGUAAUCUCUGAUUACCUAUGUUUUUGUAUGUGCACUGUGUAUUUUGUUGACUUGAUGCUGAUUCAGGUCUCUAAAGUCUAAAAAAUUGUUUACACAUUUUUAUUUCAUGAUUUUGCUCCUUUUAUUAAAACAUCAAAGUCGUCUUA